ACCUACCUUCAUGUUUUGUGCUUCAUUUAAUUCUUGCUUCAUUUGUGAUUUUGAGCUGAAUUUCAUUUGUUCUGGUCGAUUUGGGUGUGUUGCUAUGUUUUCCUCCCAUUUUCCCCUUUUCUCACAGUUUGGCUAAGUUCCAAUUUCUUUUGUUUAAUUCUUGUUUUAAGUUCGAAUAAUGGCGUAAACUCACUGAUUGGCUUGAUUAUUGUUGCUGAUUGCUAUGCUCUUGGUUCUAUUUCUUUUGAUUCCAGACUAUUUUCUCUACUAAGUUUCCCUUCAUUUAAAUUUUUAGUUAUGGCGGCUCUUGAGGGUUCUUUUCUUCUGUUAGAUGUUGCAGAUUGUUUUUUUUUUACGAAGGUGGUGUCGGGGGGUCAACGUGCCCACUGAUAAAGAAAUGAACUCUACCCUAAAAGCUAGCUCAUGAGGUAAGGAUUGUCCGAGACCAAGUAGACCAAGAAACCUAUAUCCCACCAAUUUGACUCUACAUAUGGAACUCGUGGACAAUAUAAGAUGGGGUCCAACAUUGGGUAAACAAUGAAUCGAGAUGAGUCUGGCUUUGAUAUCAUGAAGAGUUUGAAAUGGGUACCUGCUACGUCCCACCAGUACCGAGUAACUCUUGUCCAUUGAAACUUAGGCUGAAUGGAAGAAAUCAACUAGUGAUUUAUUGCCCCUGAUGGGAUUUGAAUCUGAAAUCUCAUGGUUCUCCUCUCACUUUACUAAUCACUAGGCUAGACCCUUGGGUUAAUAUUUGUGGUCAAAUUGAUGGAUUCCCCACAGUCCAUUGUUUCACCAUUCAAGGGUUCCUCCACUUUUGUUGAGCCCGAGAAGCAGAGCAGUGAGUUAUUCAUAAAGAACCGUGGUGGUCUAUCCCAGGGAGUUUCUGCUCAUAGAGAGGAGGCUGCAGUCUGCAACUUGGAGGGCUCCAUUGGAGUUCUAGAUGUGUAUGUACACCAGGCCAGAGACAUCCAUAACAUCUGCAUUUACCAUAAGCAAGACGUUUAUGCAAAACUUUGUCUUACCAGUGAUCCUGAAAAUGCAGUCUCCACACAAAUUAUUAAUGGUGGAGGGCAAAGUCCAGUAUUCAAUGAAUAUCUAAGGCUCAAAGUCCGUACAAUAGAAUGCUCCGUGAAAUGUGAGAUUUGGAUGAUGAGCAGGGUGAGGAAUUAUUUGGAAGACCAACUGCUAGGCUUUGCACUGGUCCCGCUAACUGAAGUCCUCGUUAAAAAUGGAAAGCUAGAAAAAGAGUUUACUCUUUCAUCAACUGAUCUCUUCCACUCUCCAGCAGGAUAUGUGCAGUUGUCCCUUUCUUAUAGUGGAACUUCACCUGAAGUGAUUGCGAUUCCUGCAUUGCCUGAAUUUGUUGACACUCGUGCAUCUCUGCUGGACGCUAAAGCAACUGAGUCGCUUCCUGAUGAAUUUGAAAAAAUUGAAUUCCCUGAUCCCAAGAUAGUAAAUGAAAAUCAUCUUAUGGUCUCUGAGUACUUUGGUAUACCAUGCACUGAUCUUGACUCUCAAAGCUCAGAUAGCUUGGUCUCUACUGAUACAGCAAAUCAUCUCAGUCCAGAAGUAGAAGUUCGUGUUGAGGAAAAUUUUCCAACAGGAAUUACUAAUCCAGACCAAUAUCCUAAGCGUGAUUCCCCUCCGAGCAGUUCAACCAUUGAGUCUCCGUCAGUCUUGCAUCCUGCAAGCUCUCUGUCUUCAGAGCCCUGGGAAGAAUCAAAAUCUCCAGUUCAAGAAUACACUUCCGCUUCUAAAGAAUGCGCCACCGUGAAAAGAGUAAAUUGUGGUGAUGCUGACAGCAACUCGUCAGAAAUCAAGCCUGGUAGCACAUUUCCAAAGCCAGUAGUCACAGUAGACAUUGAGGCAGAGCAAAAGGUUGUGCAACAGGAAAUAGUGGACAUGUACAUGAAAAGCAUGCAGCAAUUUACUGAUUCACUGGCAAAAAUGAAGCUUCCGUUGGAUAUUGGAAAUGGACCGACCAGUUCUGGCAGUUCGAGUUCAGAUCAGAAAUUAGAAACACCCAAGAGCACUGGCUCUCGAGUGUUUUACGGAAGCAGAGCUUUCUUCUGAGAUCUUGUGACGAUGAUUACACUACUCAAAUGACCUCUAGAGUUUAGGAAACAAGACUGCAGGUAUUCUGUGUAUUGUGGUAUUCAGUCAUUUUAUAAGGGGAACUAGAAUGAUGGAAACUACUUGACUUGGCUCUGUAAAAGCAUUAUUCUAUUUCUGUUGUUUCUAGCUAAUUAAAUCUGUGCGCAUGAGUCGCCUAUUAUAUUGGAAAAGUUUGCCUAAUUAA